AUGAAGAUCUUAAGCUUUUGUAUCCUUCUCUUUGGCUUCUAUACCUCACUUUGUGUCUUCCCUGGCUCUAUUGCCAACUCUGGAAGGGAGGAAAAGGAUGAAAGUUUUGAGGUGAACAUCACUCAAAACAUGAAUACUGACAAAUACAGAGUUGUUACAACCCAUCUCAACGAUGUUAAGGUCACAUUCUUUGUUCCAAAUCCUGGAUAUAUUCCCGUAUCUAUUGUGCAGGAUAACGUAAGAAUCUGGCAUGCAAAUCAAGAUGAAAACUGUGCCUACUGUAUGGUAUACUUCCAAGAUGAAAAACCACUUAUGGUCUAUUUCCUCAGGGAAACCAGAUUUGGAAUUGAUCAUGUCUACUACAAGUUUAAGAAUGGAGGAUGGGAACAAUCCAAGAAGAGGUUUGACAGUAAGAUCGGCAAACUAAAGGUUGGCACAGAAGAAAGUGGUGACCUAUUAACUUUGGAUCUCAGAAUGCCUGUAUUCGGAACCAAUAAAGUUAUAGGCUGCACUCUGUUCGGUCUAUAUACCAGAUUCAUCAUAACAAGUGGUGGUAGAACUAAUACUGUAUCCUUUGGCGGAGUCCAUAUCUGGACAGCUAGACCGGGAGAAAAGUGUAUCUUUGUAGUACACCAUUCCAGAAACGAGGAAGAACCUGCUAUUUUUGAUAUCUUCUAUACAACAAGCAGUGGCUCCUUCAAACACUCGUACCAUGUUAGAAAGGAUACAACAUGGACUGAAGUUAAUAUGGAAGGAUAUUACCGUGAAAUCAAGGCACUAAAGGGCAUACAGGAUAAUAUUGAUUCUGCAACCGCAAGAGGUGAACCAACACCCGUAAGGUGCCCAUUCACUUUGAAUUUGGACAACCCAUUGAUUGCACAGGUGUCUGUACACCAAGCUCGUAGAAAUGAUGUUAAAUGCACGAACUAUGAAGUCAGGGAGAGAAAUUCUGCUACAAAGGUAAUAUGCCAAGGACAAGUAUUAUGGGAAGCCGCAACAGUAUACGAAAAAUGUGCCUCAGUCCAAGUUAUGUCUGUUGCUAGUCAUGCUAUAGCAAAGCUAAAAGUCCGUUCCAGAUUCUGUAAAAACAGAUACUUUGAAAUGAUUGCUGGUACGUAUACUGAGAUUCAGGAAUCAGAAUUCAAGCCUCUAGUUGACUACAUGAAAAAAUGUUCGGAGCGUAGGACAUCCGUGUUCACUGGACCGGAAGACUACGUUACUGACUAUUCCAUUGAUGCAGCAUUUCAGGAAUUGGAGGACUAUGAAAAGUCAGAAGAUGGUGGCGAUGCAACUGGUGAAGAAGAAACUGAAGAUAAAACGGACGAUGAACGUGAUGAUUCAUCCAGUGCGGUUUCAAAGUCUGAAGAAGAUAUUACAAAGAUAGCAGAGCCUGUGAGCAAAUCAGAUGACAGUCUUGAAAAGGCUGAUGCAGAAGUACCAAGGCUUGAAGAACUAGUAGUUAGACCAAAGAUACGUCCAAUUGUCCGCAGAAAGUCCAGGGGUAAAAUUGACACACCAGAAAUGCUGAGGAGUGAAAAAUUCCGUACGGCUUCAUAUGAUGUUUGCGAGGUUCCUAAGCCCAAAGAAAUUAAAUCAAAGGAAGGAAAAUUUAUUGUUCCAUUAGAGGACCUGAAUAAGGACUUUGUUAGCUCUGUGGCAAAAAUAGUACAAUCUCUGGAAUAUGCUCAAUCAACAACCCGUGCCGCUCAAGCCACUUUAGAGGGAUAUUCUCAGUCAUACAGAGAGACAAAAGAAUCUAUUGGCCAAGACAAGGUUGAUGAGGCCAGGAAAACAAUAGAAGCUAUGCAAUUAUCCUUGAAAGGCGACGGUGCUACCAGUGCUACAUCUUCAGCCUUGGAGAGGGCUCUGGAAUGUCUCCCAUCAACAGUGGAAUUUAAAGAAAAUGUUGUAUAUACUCAAGAAAGUGUCUUGAAAGAAGUUUUGGGACUUAUCCAUGAGAUUAUAUAUAAACUUCAGUCGAUGCAACCCCUGCCAAAAUUGGACGACGAGCCAGGAUUGGAGGGUACCUCGAAGGAAUCUGAUGAAGAAAAGAAAGAAUAA